AUGAUACCUCAAUCCUGUUCUUUGACUAGCUCAUAUCAGAAUGCCAUGUCCAUCUCCCAGAUUUCGUGGAUCCAUCAUGUGUCACAGUUUGCUCAAUCUGGGGUACCACAAGCCGUUGUGCUUUUCCUGUCACUCAUGCAACUCAUCUACCACUUAGACCGAAUUCGUCGGCAAGGAUCUAGUUGCCGAUCUAAAGCUGCCAAAAUCCGGUGGCCCUAUGAGCUUGCCUCACAAAUCGCAAGACUUACUGCUGUUGUAUAUAUUACAAUUGCUUUCAUCCAAGAUCGACUACAUUGGAUCAACAUCGUAUCUGUUGUAUUUACCUUCACUCUUGGUCUCACUCGUCUCUUCAACCAUCUUGAGUGGCGCCAUGUAGCACUGCAUCAAAUCAACUUUGUCCUUCUGGCUACUCUGACCAUUCUCAUUGCAGGGCACACUUUGCCCUGUAUCCAGACUGGCACAAGAUGCCUUCACGACGCCAGUACUUCCAGUGGGAUCAUCGCUCUUGCGGCAGGGGCUGUCAUUGCAGCCAUUACUCCCAGAGAAUGGAUACCAAUUCAAGUUGACCUCAGUAUCCCUGGUUACGACCAGAAUGAGCCAGCUCCCGAGGAGACUUGCAGUUGGUUCACUUACUACUGUACCUAUGACUGGCUGACCCCAAUUAUCUGGAAGGGUAUGAAGCGGAAACUUGAUAUGGCUGAUAUUCCAAAGUUAGCCUGGUAUGACGAGCCUAUAUACCUCUUACGACGUGUACAAGAAGCUCGUUCAAUCUCGAAAAAGACACUCCGUACUGUUCUUAGAUUCCAGAAGCGCGAGUUACUUCUCAUGUCAUUUUGGGUUGCCACGUCAUACACGGUCGAAAAUAUAGCCGCAUUCGCCAUGUUUAAGUUACUCGAAUAUCUUGCUGAUCCUAACGGUGCCAUCUAUAAACCGUGGCUUUGGCUGUUCCUCAUGUUCAUCGGCCCACUAUCCCGCUCCGUUGCCUUCCAGCAGUACAUCUUUACAUCUACUAGACUCGUGGUUCGUAUCAAAUCUGCAUUCACUCAAGAGCUGUACUACACUGCCCUGGAUUCGAUGGAGAUGGAAGAGGAUCCUUUUGAACUACAGUCCGGUGGUGCGAAAAUCAAGAGCAUGAGCGGCCAGGCCGCUGCCAAGACCACAUCAGCAGGACGUUUGGCUAACCUCAUGGCUUCCGAUAUAGACGCAAUCUAUAGAUCAAGAGACAUCAUCCAGGCCACCAUUGGUACCCCCGUCGGGACCAUAAUAUCACUCAUUGGAAUGUACAGAAUGAUGGGCUGGGCAUCUCUGGUAGGAAAUGCGAUCCUUUUUUUGGCCACACCUCUUUCGAUAUGGCUUGGGCGCUUAAUGUUCUACUCGCAGCGCCGAGUCAGGAAAGCCCAGGAUUCUCGCAUGUCCUUAGUGACAGAGUAUCUUGCGUCCCUUCGCGCCAUCAAGUACUUUGCCUGGGAGGACCCUAUCACUGAAAAGAUCAUCAAUGCACGUUCCGAAGAACAAAGGGAGCUUUGGAGGACUUCAAUGAUCCAAGCUUCAUUGAACCAAGUUAUGCAGAUUGUUCCUUACUUAUCCUUACUUGUUAUGUUUGGCUUGCACGUGGGUCUCUCCAAGCGUCGACUUGACGCCGCAACGGCUUUCACGACCAUCUUUCUUGUCAAGAAUGUUCGCAGAAAUAUCAUGCAGGCUAGUGCCUUUGGCAGGAAUUUCGCGAGUGCGUUGGUGUCGGUGACCCGACUCGACAAGUACUUUGAGAGUACGGUUCCUAUUCCUCAUUACCCCGUUGGCCCCCUUCGCAUUGAUCAUGCCACGUUCCGGAAGACGAAGACAGCCAGUUUCACCCUAAACAACAUAACGCUUGAUUUUGCCCAAGGCGGUCUUAAUGUCGUCAGUGGCCCGAGUGGCAGCGGCAAAACAACUCUGCUGUUGUCUAUUCUUGGUGAGACCUACCUUGAGGGUGGAAAUGUGACCAGACCAGACGAUAUAGCGUACGCUUCUCAAUCUUCAUGGUUGCAGAACGAGACCAUACAGGCCAAUAUUAUAUUUGGCAGUCCAAUGGAAAAGCCACGCUACGAUCGCGUCAUCGAAGCAUGUUGCCUAUGGGAGGAUUUUAAGGAUCUACCGGCUAAGGAUAUGACCAUCGUGGGAGAGAACGGGACUUCUCUUUCAGGUGGCCAAAAAGCACGAGUUGCUCUUGCAAGGGCAUUGUACUGCAAAGCACCACUUCUGUUACUCGAUGAUAUAUUUGCAGCUCUGGACGCUAAAACAGCUGCUGGUGUUUGGAAACACUGCUUCUGCUCUGACCUCCUUAGUGGGAGGACAACUGUACUUGUGACAAAUCUUCCCUGGAUUGCAGAACAAGCCGAUCUCUCUGUCGUGUUGGAGAAGGGUCAAAUUGAGUCGUCUGAGCCCCAAGUUGGUAUUGUCCGCAAACCAAUCGCUAUCGCUCAGGUCCUUGGAGGAGAUGCUGAGGAGGAUGACGUACUUCAUGAUACAGUCCAGGAGAUACAACCAAAUGGUGAUACUUUGAACGACGCUAACCGAGCCCCUGAAGAAAAAUACCUGAAGGAUGUCGUCAAUCAGGAAAUGAAAGCUUCUGGAAAGGUCGGCCGUAUGACUUUCUUGCAAUACAUGAGCUACUUUGGACAUCCGGUCUUUGUUGCUGUCUGCCUGGGACUUCUACUUGCCACGAACAUCUUUACCUUUAGCAGUCUUUUGUGGCUCUCUGUCUGGGUAGAAGCAUACAAUCACCAGGCUCACAUUGAUAUUCCUUAUUAUAUGGGGAUCUUUGCAGGCCUUACAUUCCUUGAGAUCGGUAGCUACUGUUUGGCUAUCAUAAUGUUCGAAUGGGGAGCUUGGAACGCUGCAAAGAGAUUACACAACGAUUUCAUACAUGCCAUCAUGCACGUCUCCCUUUCAUGGUUCAAGCAUAUCCCCAUUGGCCGCAUCACAAACCGCUUCUCCAGUGAUAUGGCGUCACUCGACGGUACAAUCAGUACCAUGCUACGGAUCAUGCUUGAUACGGUCCUUCUCAUGCUCUUUCGCAUUGGAGCUGUCAGCAGCAUAAUGCCGGUUUUUAUGAUACCAGCACUAUUUACGUGCUUGUUUGGUGUUCUCAUAGGAGAAGCAUACACCAGAACCGCCGUUGUAAUCAAGCGACUAACGUCUUCUGCUCAGUCGCCUGUGUUCUCCCAGUUUGCAGAUACGUUGGCUGGUCUUCCUGUUAUUCGUGCCAGGAGUGGUAUGUCGUCAAGAUUUCGAGAAGAGUUGGCUGCCAGGCUGCGUACAUGGUCAGCUUCAGCCGAAGCCAGCUUCAAUGCUAACCGUUGGGUUGCUGUACGCGUGGAUCUUGUGACGGCCCUCGUCGGUCUGUCAGCAGGUAUAAUUGCCGUAUCACAGACAGGUGUCGUGGCUGCAGGGUUGGUCGGAUUCUCCCUCACCAAUGCCAAUGGACUCAGCCAGACGAUCCUGUUACUUGUUCGAGCGAUGAAUGAUUUGGAAGUUGAAAUGCAGAGCUUUCACCGAGUCAGGGAGUACGUCAAGUUGGAACCCGAGGAAAAGGACGACAAGACGUAUCCCGAGGAAGGUGAAUACACAGAUGAUCCCUGCCACGUGAUCCCCCAGAACUGGCCUCGAUCUGGCGAGAUCGAGUUUCGAAACGUUACAAUCCGGUACGAUCCUGAUGGAUCCGACAUUCUCACCGGGAUAAACCUCAAGUUCAGAGCGGGUGAACGUGUGGCUGUCAUAGGAAGGACAGGUUCAGGGAAAAGCACUCUGGUGCUUUCCCUCCUUCGCUUCACACAUGUUGUAUCUGGUGAAAUUUUAUACGAUGGAAUUGACAUUACCAAAAUUCCUCGGCAUCGCCUCCGAGAAAGCCUUACAAUCAUACCACAAGAGGCUGUCCUAUUCAACGGGACGGUGGAGUCCAACCUUGAUCCUAGCGGUCGAGUUUCCAAAGACAUUCUCGACAAGGCCCUGGACAACUGCAAAGGCAUCGCAUCCUUCUCCCCUCAUACUUCUGACGACAGCGAUAAUGAUACACAAUUUCACGACGACGAGAACAAUAGUGUAAAUCUUUCGACAUGUGUCGACGCUCGCGGUGAGAACUUCUCUCAUGGUCAGCGACAAGUUCUUUCACUCUGCCGUGCGCUGAUUCGCCAGAGCAAGCUGAUGUUGCUUGACGAAGCCACGGCAAGCAUGGAUUAUGAUACAGACCGAGGUAUUCAAAACGUCCUGCGGCGGGAACUCGAAGCGGUCGGUGGAGGGCGGACUUUGGUAACAAUCGCGCAUCGUCUACGUACAAUCAUUGAUUAUGAUACAGUCGUGGUUAUGAGUGGGGGGCGUGUUCUUGAGUAUGGCUCACCUUGCGAUUUGUAUAACAGUAGAGGUCAGUUCUACGACAUGGUCUACCAUAGCGGCGAAAUGGAGGACCUGCAGGCUUUGCUAGAGACGGAGAGUUCCCAACAGGACAUUUAA